AUGCGACGACGACGACCGGUGUCCAAAGCCUAUGUCGCUGCCCUUGAGGACCGCGUUGCCUGGAUGGAGCGUAAAUUGGGAGACUUCAAUACAGGAGUAGAGCAGAUGAGAGGACCAGAAGACACCGAACUAGGUGAAGAAACAAUGCCGCAUCGCCAUCCGAAUCAAUCCGCCGUUUCGUCUCCAGAGCACGAGUUCCUGCAGACAGUAGCUGCGACGUCACAACCUGUUGAGCGAUUGCAGAUCGAUAACACGACUGGAGAAGUACGAGAGUAUGGCCCGACAUCAAUGUUCAAGCAUCUCAAUGCGCCAGAUGGGCUUCACUCCAACUCGAGCCAAUUUCUUCCGUUGUCCGCCGAUACAGACAUUCAUAAUCUUGAACAUAGUUCGGGCCUCGAAGGGAUACCGAGUGUUUUCGAUGAUGCAAUGCAUCGAGAAGCCCUUCAGAUGUUCUUCACAUUCUUCAACCCCUGGUGCUGGUGGGUUGAUGAAAGAGAGUUCAGGAAUGACUUGGGCACUAUCGAUAUAUCGAAUACAAGUUCGAUCGUGAAGCGCAGCCUUCGCACCGCCAAUUAUAGCCCGCUCCUCCAUCUGGCAGUUCUUGCCAUUGGGGUCAUGUAUCUGGGGAAUCUCUCCUACCCAGACCGAAAGAGCAUCGCAGACUCUCUCGCCCGAAAGGCCGUCACCAUGUUCGAGGAGGAGAUUGAAUCCGCUCGACUAAGCUCGGUGGUUGGCAUGAUGCUUUUGGGAACUCAUCACGCUGGACAUGCAAGACAAAGCUUGGGCUAUGUGUAUUCAGGUAAUGGGCUUAGGCUCACGAGGAUACUCGGCUUGGGGAUUGAUGCCUCCACCUGGGUUGAGAGAGGUCUCAUCUCUCUUAGCACAAAGCGCUGGCGCGACCGUGUCUACCACACUGCGUUCAUACAAGACAAAUUAUGGUCUACGUAUGUUGGGAGGGCCCCUGCCCCUAAUCUAUGCCACUGGCGUAUGCCAUCUCCCACCAUCGACGCCGAGGAGGAUGCCAGGCCAUGGGUCAUUGGCUUGGAAAGCACCCCCUCUGACGCGCAUCCCAGCUGUUGGAUUGCCUCGACAUUCACUUGGACCACCAAAUUAGCCAGGAUCAUCGAGCUCAUUCUGACUAACAUCUAUUCCACCCGACGAGAUGCGCAUUCAGAGAGUGGGCGUAAUGCCAGAUAUGAACUGAGCGCCUUGCUCGAGAAGUGGAAUGCAGAACUGCCCGAUCCGCUACGCGUCAGUCCUUCAAUGUUCCGCAGCGGGCAGGGUACAACAACAGUUCUGCCUCAUGUUCUGACCCUGAAUAUGAUGUUUCACUUUGCGGUGAUUCUCCUCAAUCGUCCUGACUAUUGCGAUAUUGCGACACCGCGCAGGCCACGCUCGGCGAGAGACAGUGAAAGCACUACCCCCAGUGUCACUGCAACCGAGAGAUGCAAUCAAGCAGCUACCAAAGUCUUGCGACUGGCCCAGCCCAGCAGCUUGAAAGGCUGGGCUGGGCACCUCCACCGCAUCAGCAUCAAGAAACGGCUGUACAUUCCGGAUCUUCUGCAAGGGCACCAGCUGCAACGACAAGCCCGUCGACUUUCCAAGCAGGCCCGCAUUGAUGUUCAGCCUGCCGAUCAUCAAAUCGCAAUAGCUCAGCAUACAGUUCUGCUUCCAGACAUGGAGAUGGGUGAUGCUAGGUGGAUGUCGCCCCCUGUUUCAGGCUCCACGUGGAAUGACGACUGCAUCUCAUACACCCCGAAUUUCUUCCCGAUUGAGGAUCAGUCACUGCUGGAGAUGCUACUGGGCAACAAUGGCAUGGCGCCCGACGCCUGGGCCAAUCAUUUCAAUGAUGCGGCCGGUGACGCAUGGCCCGCUGGGUGGGCAGGGAACCCUUCCAAUACGAAUCGAUACCGGAUGUGA